GUGGACCACCUUAAGAGCGUGACGCCAGGUUGCCAUGGCAACUGCUUUCCGCUUUCGGGCGCGGAGGGAGAAAAAGCGCGAGAUAUUUAAGAGUUUCGGUUCAGGGGCGGCGCAGGCUGGACAGCGACCACGCAGCAGCAGCAUCUUUCUUUAUCUCUUCUCUGCGGAAAUACGCCCGAACCGAGGCCGACGAUACACGAAGACACUACUGAUCCUCAUAAAAACUGCUGGAUCUUACGCCCCGGAAUUCAACUCACACGCGUGCGAGUUUAAGGUUCCAUUAUCCAUACUGUUAACUCAGAAUAUGAUGGAACUGAAGGAUGAUCGGCGGUUCCAUAAUCUAACUCAAGAUCAAGUGGAUACUCUAGAUCAGGUUCUCACAGAGGUCAUUCCUAUUCAUGGCAGGGGCAACUUUCCCACGUUAAAGAUUAAACCCAAGGACAUCAUUCACAUUGUCAGAGACCGACUGGUUUCUAAGAAUAUCAAAGUGAGGGACGUCCGUCUCAAUGGCUCCACAGCAAGUCAUGUCCUAGUCAAGGAGAAUGGCACUAGUUAUAAGGACUUAGACAUUAUCUUUGGUGUGGAACUUUCGAAACAAGAAGACUUUCAGGUCAUAAAAGAAGUAGUUCUGGGUUGCCUCCUGGACUUUUUACCACAAGGAGUUAACAAGGACAAAAUCACAGCUCUCACUAUGAAGGAGGCUUAUGUACAGAAAAUGGUCAAAGUCUUUAAUGAGUAUGACCGAUGGAGCCUCAUCUCCCUCUCCAACAACAGUGGUAAGAAUGUGGAACUCAAGUUUGUCAGCUCUCUGCGACGGCAGUUUGAAUUCAGCGUAGAUUCCUUUCAGAUAAUCUUGGAUACUAUGUUGGAGUCCUACCUUGAGGCUGAAAGAAGGGAGGCUGCACAAAUCAAGGAGAAAGAACUGAAGGCUUCCAUGAUUACGAGCACUGACUUGGAGUCAGUUAUAUCACAUGAGCAAAUCACCUCUGCUGGUACAGAGAGCUGCAGUGAAACAGAUGUUACCAUGUCAGAUAAAACUACAGACAUCAACAGUUUGCAUGAUGUGUGCCACAAUGAAGGCGAUAUGAUGGAAGACCAAUACAAACCUUCCAUGGAAGAAACAACCGUUGAAACAAUCAAUAUGGAAAAAAACAAGGAGUUGAGUGAAUCUAUAACAAUGACUGAAGCUAUGGAAGAUGUAUCAGAACUGUCUGAAACAACAUCAGUGCAUAUGAAUAAAAUAGAUGAGCUUAAUCAAAAUCAGUUUAUGCAAAAAAAUGAAAUGCUAGAGAUACAUUCAAGCGGAAACAUUAACUCACAGUUAGAAAGUGAACAGGUGGUUGUUGAUAAAAGUAAAAACAUACAGCAUGACAUACAGCUGUCAGAUUCUCAAGCAUGUGUCCAUGCAGAGGGAUAUAAAGAGAGUGAAAACAUAUUAGUUGCAUAUUCAGACACUGUUAAAUCUGUAUCUAAAAAAGAGCAUACAAAAACAUUAGGUGAGCCAAUGCAAGCUACAGAAAAAAACACUGAAGCCAUGGUUCUCAGUGGACAAUCUACAUUCCAGCUUGCUCCUAUCACUCUUCUUACACAAAGCACAUCAAUAGACUCAAAUAAUGAGUAUUCAUUACCACCUCCAGCCAAAAAAAAUAGUCGUAGUUCACAAAUGGUUGUUCUUAAGCAUUCCUCACCAAAACCCCCCAGAAAAAUGUCUAGAAAGGUCACGUGUGUGCCACACUUAUCAAACAAAUUAGUCUUAAAAGACUCAACAACUAAAACUUCUCCGCUUGUCAGCCAUCCAAUCACCGUAAACGAUCCAAAAGAAUCAACAAAUAUGCAAGUAGAAGAGCAUACUACUAACUACAUGGAAUCAAUAUCCAGUUCUUCACAUGACAAAGACUCACUGCUUAGAAUAUUAGAUAUAUCCACAACAGCCUUUAAUGCUGCAGCCCCAGAGAAUGGUACACACUCAGAGGAAAUGCUCUCCAUACCUCCGUCCCCAGACAAAAAUGUGCAAACUCAUAUAGAGACUUCAGAGCCAGAGACUGGUGAAACUACUAAUCAUGUCCUGAGCCCUAAACUCUUUACUGCCCAAAAGGACCAAAACAUGACCAUUCAACCUUUUCCUGAGAUUCUAACAAAAAGCUCUCCACCAGUGAGGCCAAUUAUUCAGAUCAAUUGUCAGCCUAUAGUAGAGGUAGAUGAUAGCUUGUCUGUCAGUCCAAACCCUUCAUACAAAGAGCAUACUGACCUUGCUACCCAAACUGUGGAGUGUGCUCAAGACUAUUCAGAGUUGCAAGAAACUCUUACUCAUACAGUAGAUGCUUCUUCCAAGUUAGGGACACCUCUGUCUACAAAUCUUGCUAUUGAUUCAGGGGAGGUAGACAGCAAUGACCAGGGCUUUGGAGUUCCUAUUAUUUCACCAGUUCCUGAACAUCCCAUAUCAUGUAUUCUGCCUCAGGAACCUAAUGUACCUGGCACACUGACUCUAGAGUCUUCAAUUUUAACAUCACACCUAUUAGAGCCAUCUAUAUUGAUACAACAACCUGAUCAAGAUUCCUCUGUGUUACAAAAUGACUUUUCCAAAUCACCUGAAAUAUCAUCAUGUCUUCUAGAACCUCCAAUAUCAAUGUCUAAAAAUGAAGUGUAUUCUGUCUGGCCAUCAAAUGUCUUGGAAUCUUCCACUUGUUUGUCAGAGGGAACAAAGUCUUCUACAUCAACAAUUCAAACUCCAGAACCAUCCGAAAUAUUAUCAGAGAUUGUGGAACAUUCUAUAGAAUCACAACAGCAUGCACAUCCUUCCAUAUCACAGGCCGGAGUUCUAGAACCUUGUAUUCAACUAGAUUUAGUGACCCCUGUAGACACUUCAGAGGAUUUAAAUCUGCCUGACACAACAUCCAACAAAUCUCCCCUCCCAUCUCCCAGAGAGAUUCCUUCUGUUACAGUAGUGGCAGAAAGCAUGUAUGGAGAUUUUGAGCAAGCCAUGGACCAUCUGCGUUACAGGCUAAUUGCAACACGCAAUCCAGAGGAAAUCCGGGGUGGUGGUUUGCUUAAGUAUAGUAACCUACUGGUUAGAGAUUUCAAACCUGCCAGUGAGACAGAAAUUAAAACUCUAGAGCGUUAUAUGUGUUCACGUUUCUUUAUUGACUUUCCAGAUGUAAAUGAGCAACAAAGGAAGAUUGAGUCCUAUCUACGAAAUCACUUCAUUGGAGAAGAGAAAAGCAAGUAUGAUUACUUAAUGACACUACGAAGGGUGGUCAAUGAGAGCACUGUGUGCCUGAUGGGCCAUGAGCGACGACAAACACUCAAUAUGAUUACCAUCCUGGCUCUCAAAGUCCUGGGAGAGCAGAACAUUAUACCCAACACCAACAAUGUCACCUGCUACUACCAGCCUGCUCCAUAUAUGACCGACCACAACUUCAGCAACUACUACAUCGCCAAUGGGCAGUCCCCAAUUAUAUAUCAUCCAUAUCCUCUUCAUAUACACAUGCAAACUGGGCUAGUUUAACAGUUGGCAUGAUGUAUGCAUGGGCAGAAAUAUAACCUCCUGCAACCUAAAAUGGCCACCACAAAUAAAAUCCUCAUCAUGAGAGAAAGCCCUAGCACUUAACUGAAUAAAACCCUAUUUUGAGUGCUUUAAAGAUAAACAAAAACAGAUAGUUUUGACUGUAAAUCAGGGAGUAACCAUGGUUUGGGCAAUCACCAAGCUUACAGUGCAAUUCAGUGGAGACACAUCUGUUCCUGGAUUCAAAAUCAUACUUGCUGGGAUCAAAACAGUUGAGGAUUAUUGGAAAAUAAAUACAUAAAAAUCAUUAGUAAAGGUGAUAAAGCAAAGCCUCCAGAUAACAAUAAUAUAUGUGUUUGACACAUUGAAAGAUUAUAGGUUUUAGAAAAGCAGGGCUUAGUGAGGGUGAGAAAGUCUUUAGAUUAAAAAGAAUGAAUGAUAAUUACCUGGAGUAUUUUCUUGUGUUAUGUGUAAAGCCUAUAAAAUGUAAAUUUUAGGCUUAAUUUGCUAAGAUGAUCAUGGGGGCCUAAGGAAUAAUAUUUUAGCAUUUUUAGCAUAAACAGAAACCAUUAAAAAUCAAGAACUGAAUUGAGCUGCACUAAAAUGGUCAUUUUGAAGCAGAGUUUGAAAUUCUCUAGAAAAUGUAUGUAAGCAUCUCCAGUCUACAUUACAAUUGUUUGUCCACCAAUAACCAUUUAAAUUACAUGCAAAAAUGUAGGGUUUCAAAGGGGUGAGGCUUUAAUUGCAGAUCUUCCUGUGAGUCUGCAGAAAUUAUAUACAGUAUUAUGAUGUGUUAUAAGGGGUUUAUGAGGUCUGUAUUCAAUUUAUUCCUAUUGUAUGUAUUUAGAAACAACUCUAAGUAGCCUAUGACUCAUGGUUCAGUUCCACACUGAUUUCUACCAGCUGCAUGAUUGAUUGCAGAUGUAAACCAGUGUGAAAUUUAGUGUGAAAGUUAAAUGUUUGUAUCUCUUCAGCCUUUUAUUGUCAUUGGCUGUGUUGUCAUUGGAUUGUGUGUCCAGAAUGUAAAUUAUGUUUUUGGAUUGAUGUCAAAAACUUUGUAGAGGACAGUGAAAUGUUGUCACUGAAAUUGUUACUGCCAGAUUUCACCAUAUGAGGACUUGAGUUGUACUGGAACCUAAUUAUCUAGUGAUGAGAUGAGAGAGAAAUAUUUUAUUGAUGCAUGUAUGUGUCUUUUGAGCAUCUGUGAUGCACAAAGUCAACUUUAUGGACUGAAGAAUACGCAGUUUGGAUUUUAUUUACCAUAUGAUGCAUAUUCAGCCUCAAAGAAAGCAACAGUUUCAAACAGCUGAAGGCAUGGGGGAACUCUGGAUUCCUCAUAUGGAUGCAUGUGUGAAAAUAUCUACUUAUCAGGAAUUUUUUUACAUGUUAGUAACAAAAACACAUCUAUUUUUCCAAGAAAAAAAAUAUAACAGCUUACAGAGUACAAAGAGUUUGUGCCAACUGCAUAAACACAUAAAUACAAGUAACAGCUAUAUAUAGAUUAUAUGCAAAGUAGAAGUUGUUGACGUAGAUUUUUAAAGGAUUAAUAUAAACUUAUGUCACUGUUCACAACUUGUGGAUUUCCCUUUUUUUGUGAGGUCCUAGAUUUAAAUUUGUGAAGUAUUAUACCUUACUGUAUGUUGACUUGAAGUCCCUUAUGCUGUCUUGCCUUGAUGUUUUUGUCCACUUUCUAAAUCUGGCCUUACUGCCAUAAUCUUUAGUAACACUGUGCUUAGAUAUAGGUUUAAAUGAAUUUUAACUGUCUACCCAAGCAAGACUUGUAAAGAUAGAAAACCUAAAGAGCAGUUUAUGUGACCAAAGAUGGGUUUUGUAGGAAAACUUAAGUGCCUAAAAGAAGGUCAUUUGUAUGUGACCUAAGAAAAAAAGAAACAAAAACAAAUGAAAGACAGAAAAGGGACAGAACAAUGUAGAGAAAGGGAAAAGCAGAGAGAUUGAAGAACGGUUCUCUGGGAUGCAAAUGAAGCUGCAUCCCUUCAUUAUUUCAGGUGUAUAUUUUCUUCUUGCCCUUCUCUAGUGCUGAUUGUGUUGAUGUCAGUUCAGUAGUACUUUAUUAUGGUUGGUUAAUGUACCUUUAAUAAAUAUAUAUAAUUCUA